CGCACUUACAGGGAGUCGAGUUUGCCUGUUUUCUCGAUUUAAAACGUACCUGCUUUCUAGCAAAUAAAAGUAUUUGGGUUUUUAUUAUAAAUUAUGUGUAUUAUAAAGAACGACCUGUCCCCCUAUGAGUGAACUUGUUGCUCAUGUCUCGAUGUUUGAUAGUUCGCAUGUGGAGUGAAACUUCUCUUCGCGGUGAAUUUCUUGAUGAUGAGGGUCUUGGGCAAAGAUGGCGGCGGUGAGACCAGUGCGGACUUCUCUGCGCAUACUGAGACUUCUGCCCCAGGUCGUGUCCCAUCGCCUCCAGCGGUCUCACGGGCACCAGUGGAAGGAACCAGGCUAUGUGUUUGAUUUCUCCAAUCCCCUCACGUCAGUUCAAUGGAGGGGCUUCAGAUCCAGCCGUGUGGCCUCUGGACAGGUGCUGCAGUUCAAACUGUCCGAUAUAGGAGAGGGCAUCAUGGAGGUGACAGUCAAAGAGUGGUAUGUGAAGGAAGGCGAUAGGGUUUCCCAGUUCGACAGCAUUUGCGAGGUCCAAAGUGACAAAGCCUCGGUUACCAUCACUAGCCGCUAUGACGGUGUCAUUCGUAAACUGUAUUAUGAAAUUGAUGCCAUCGCUCAUGUCGGCUCUCCUCUCGUGGACAUUGAAACAGACAGAGAGCUCGAGGGCGCUCCAGAAGAGGAUGUGGUAGAGACUCCAGCCGUCUCCCAUGAACAACCACUCCCGGAGAUCAAGGGCCAAAAAACCCAGGCAACACCUGCAGUGCGCCGCCUGGCCAAUGAGAACAAUAUUAAACUUUGUGAAAUCGUUGGAACAGGAAAGGAAAGUCGUAUUCUGAAGGAGGACAUUCUCAAUUUCAUAGCCAAGCAAACAGGGGCCAUCCUACCUUAUGAGGUCCAAAAAACUCAAGCACCUGCAGUGAGCACUACUGAUACACCAUCCAAAGUGAAGAAACCUGUCAUGGCUCCUCCAGCGAUCCCUGGACCCAUCUUCACUGGCAAAGACAGGACAGAGCCACUAAACGGUUUCCAAAAGGCCAUGGUGAAGACGAUGAGUGCUGCUCUGAAGAUUCCUCACUUUGGUUACUGUGAUGAGGUGGAUAUGAUGGAGCUAGUGCAGUUGCGCUUGGAGCUGAAGGGUCUUGCAGAGUCUCGGGGAAUCAAACUCAGCUACAUGCCUUUCUUCAUAAAGGCUGCAUCACUUGGCCUCCUGCAGUUUCCUGUUCUCAAUGCCUCCGUGGAUGAAACCUGCCAGAACAUCACAUACAAGGCGUCUCAUAACAUCGGCUUGGCAAUGGACACUCCUCAGGGCCUCCUGGUGCCCAACGUGAAGAGCGUUCAGAGCCUCAGUGUUUUUGACGUUGCUGUGGAGCUCAACCGUCUGCAGGCUCUGGGUUCUGCUGGGCAGCUGGGUGCCGCCGACCUCAAUGGAGGAACCUUCACCCUCUCCAACAUUGGCUCGAUUGGAGGGACAUAUGCCAAGCCAGUGAUUCUGCCCCCGGAGGUGGCCAUCGGUGCUUUGGGAAAGAUCCAGGUGCUGCCCAGGUUUACCUCCCGUGAUGACGUGGAGAAGGCGUACAUCAUGAAUGUCAGCUGGUCCGCUGAUCAUCGCGUCAUAGACGGGGCAACCAUGUGCCGCUUCUCCAACCUAUGGCGCUCUUACCUGGAGAAUCCAGCUGCCAUGGUGCUGGAUCUCAAAUGACUCUCUUUUCUGCCUGGAUUGUUGCUGUUUGGUCACAGCUAACCGCAAACAGUGCGAAACUCAUACAUUUCUACUUUGACCUUAAUUUGUGGUGAAAAUAAUCUUAUAGCCUGUUUCUAUAGUUGCCUUUUUUGCCUUGCCGUGGAUUAUUCAUGGUUAGAAAUGAACUGAAAGUUUUUUGCACAAAAGCUUAAAAUCAUAUGGUUUUGCACCAGAUCAAAUUGAUGUGCGAGUCAGGGUAUAGGCUGAUACUGACUGACUCUCGAGUUGCAGUGGAAGUAUCUGGACUGUAGUGUCUCAUUGUCUGCUGAUUUUCUCCGAGAGCUCAUUCACACAACAAGUCUCUGUAGAGCAGACAGACUGCCACUUCAUUUACAACCACUGUGUGGAUAGAUUGUCAGUGAAUUCUAUUGACAAUAAAGGUUUUGGGAAAACCUUCCUUUGUGUUAAAGGUGUCUUUUAGUUUUCAAUUAUGGCUAAUUUUGGUUAUUUGUCAUGAAAAUGACACUGUGUAAAACUACCAAUGACACAGAAAUAGUUAAUAGGAAUUGGAAUGAAAAUCUACAAGCAUUUUCUUGCCCCUGUGCUACUCCAAUAAACGUUUGUGGAGCAUGAAAGAAAAUAUUGUAUUUUCUCUGAUAAGGAGAUAGGGAUCAAUGAAGAAUUUUUUUUGUAGUUAAGUAAAUUUUCUCUAUUACAUAGAAGCUCUUUUUCAUUAAACGGAAUGUAAACUGCUGAGAACAAUGUCUCUUUUUUUCAUUCUUGAAAGGCAAGCCAAGCUCACAAGGGGUUAUGUCGCUGCCGUCCUUCUGAAACCUGUAUCCCCAUAUUUC